AUGCAGUGGCUGAAGAAGUUUCAGAUCCCAUGUGGCAUCUUCAAAUUCUUCCAUAGCUCCUCCCCAAGCUCUUCUCGGCAGCACAGCGUAUCUACAUCAGGAGCUGGAACUCAAAGAUGGAAUGACUAUGAUUCGCCUGAGGAAUUUAACUUUGCAAGAGACGUGCUGGACUACUGGGCUCAGAUGGAGGAGGAGGGCAAGAGAGGCCCAGGCCCGGCCCUGUGGUGGGUGAAUAGCCAAGGAGAUGAGAUCAAGUGGAGCUUCCGAGAGCUGAGGGACUUGACCUGUCGUACUGCCAACGUCUUUGAGCAGACCUGUGGCCUGAAGCAGGGAGAUCGCCUGGCCUUGAUUCUGCCUCGAGUGCCCGAGUGGUGGCUAGUGACAGUGGGCUGCUUUCGAACAGGGAUUGUCUUCAUGCCUGGGACUACCCAGCUGAAGGCAAAGGACAUCCUCUACCGACUACAAAUGUCUCAAGCCAAAGCCAUUGUGACCACAGGGAGCCUCGUCCCAGAGGUGGACUCCGUGGCUUCUGAGUGUCCUGCCCUGAAAACCAAGCUGGUGGUGUCUGAUCAUAGCCAUGAAGGGUGGUUCAACUUCCAGUCACUGAUUAAAUCAGUACCCCCAGAUCACACCUGUAUUAAGUCAAAGAUGAAGGAUCCUAUGGCCAUCUUCUUCACCAGCGGGACCACAGGUUUCCCCAAAAUGGCAAAGCACAACCAGGGACUUGCAUUCCGGCCACUGUCUUUUGGAGUCAGCAGGAAAUUGUUGAACCUGAAGACAUCUGACGUCUUGUGGUGCAUGUCAGACCCAGGAUGGAUUAUGGCUACCGUGGGGGCCAUGAUCGAACCAUGGGCAUCAGGGGCUACAAUCUUCAUCCACCACCUCCCUCAGUUCGACCCCAAAGUCAUUGUAGAGGUACUGUUCAAAUACCCCAUCACUCAAUGCCUCGCUGCACCAGCUGUGUACAGAAUGAUUCUUCAACAGAAAAUCACCAAUCUCAGGUUCCCCAGCCUGGAGCACUGCACCACCGGUGGGGAGAGCCUGCUGCCUGAGGAGUACAAGCAAUGGGAGCAAAGGACAGGCAUUCUCAUCCAUGAGAUCUAUGGACAGUCAGAAACGGGGAUAGGCUGUGCUGUCUUCCGGGAAAUGAAGGUCAAGAGAGGCUCCAUUGGGAAGGCCAUAUUACCCUUCGACAUCCAGAUCAUUGACGAGAAAGGCAACAUCCUCCCGCCCAACACUGAAGGAUACCUUGGCAUCAGGAUCAAGCCCACCAGGCCUCUAGGCCUCUUUGUGGAAUAUGAGAAUAGCCCGGAGAAGACAGCUGAGGUGGAGUGUGGGGACUUUUACAACAGCGGGGACAGAGCAACUGUUGAUGAAGAUGGCUACUUCUGGUUCUUGGGCAGAAGUGAUGACGUCAUCAACACUUCUGGGUACCGCAUUGGGCCUGCAGAAGUGGAGAACGCCUUGGCGGAGCAUCCGGCCGUUGCAGAGUCGGCCGUGGUGAGCAGCCCGGACCUGAAUCGAGGAGAGGUGGUGAAGGCAUUUAUUGUCCUGACCCCAGAGUUCCUGCUGCACAAUCAGGAACAGCUUGCCAAAGAGCUGCAGCAGCAUGUGAAGUCAGUGACAGCACCGUACAAGUACCCCAGAAAGGUGGAGUUUGUUGCAGAAUUGCCCAAAACUGUCACGGGCAAAAUCAAAAGGAAGGAGCUUCGACUAAAGGAGUACAGUCAGAAGAGAUGAGCAACCAGCCCAGGAGCAUCCCCGUGACCUGGCACAAGUCCGUGGCUGGUGGGGGUGGGGUGGGGUAAGUUUGGAAAA